AUGAAUUUUGAAAACAGAUGGGUCUUGAAAUCCGCUCUGAACUUCGCAAGUGAUGGAGAAGUAGUCAGAGAAGUAGGUAGAAAGUUCCAGAGAAAAGGAUCAGAAAAAGCAAAAGCAGAUUUGGCAAAAGAGUUACAAGUUUAUCAACUAUCUGUGAUAAUCAGAUACGUUCAAAAAAGCGAAACGUCUUACAAAGCGUUUUCAGCAUUUCUACCAAACGUAGGCCAGAAAUCACAAGACUUAUUUAAUGCAGUAUCUUGCUUUUUUUUACAAUCAAAUAACCUGGAUCUUCAAAACUGUCGCGGAAAAUUUUACGACAACGCUUCAAAUAUAACAAAAAAGUAUUCAGGACUUCAGGCGCACAUCAAGGAAUUCAAACAUCAAUUAAACACUCUCGAACAUAAAGAGGAAGCUGAUUCCAAUUUGUGCAUCCGUAGUAACAUAUAUUUCUCUUUUGCAGUUUGUUCUGACACCUCACUUGAUGAAGCUUUGUGUCGAUUGGCGAUCUUUUAUCUACCCUCUUGUCGGCCCAUCUUAGAGAGGAUUUCAGGUGGACAUCUUCAGUGCGGUCAAUGUUAUGCAACAGUUUGA